AUGGAUCACAUUCCCAACGAGAACGGCCAUCGAUUGGACGUUCAGGUCCCCUACUAUGCUCGCGGACUGUCCUACGAUAACCAGACCGCGCUCGUUUAUCUCACCGGCCGUGAUCGAAUGGACCGAAAGGGUAUCGACCAUGCGCAGUGCACGGAGCAUCAUACUUGCGUUGCGUUCAACACAGAAAUCGGGGUCAAGAUCGAGACUGCGCACGAAGAGGACGGCUGCGGCUGCCAGCACGUACUAGCGCCUCGGGAAGAACGGGUGCAAAUUCUCGAGCGUGGCGGCAUACCGGUGCUUCGCUGUCUUCGAAAGCGAAACGGAAGCUUCGAAGUCAACUUUGUGCCGGCCUCACUAGAGCUCAAAUACGCCGCAAUCUCACAUCUUUGGGCAGACGGCCUGGGCAAUGUCUUCGAAAACUCGCUGCCCCAUUGCCAGCUGUCGAGACUGGUCAAGGCCCUGCCAUUCAAGCCCACGGAAGCCAUCAUACUGCUCGACCGCUCAGAUCCCCUCCUUAGAGUUGAUGAGACUGCUGUGUGCCAUGGUGCAUGCCUGCUCGCUAUUGGUUACAAAGAGGUCGGACACGACUCGGAGAGAGCGCAGGCCGCAAUUUAUGUCGGCCCACUCACUUGGGGCAGAAUCAUCGGCAAUACUGACCACGAAGCAUUACCUCGACUUUUAGCCAGCCAUGUCUCUACAUCUGAUGUUCCGAGCAUUAUCAUCUCUUCUGACAUCGCGUCCUGGCCACAACUCCCGCCCUCAAGAGCCCGAAGACUCCGCUCGCCAUCGGCCAGAGCGAUAUCAACGCCAAAGGCAAACAUUUCGAUAUGCAAAGACCUCACUCAGAACCCGUCAUCGAUCCCGGUGACUGUGGGCAAACAGGUUGAUGGUGGUACAGUUUGCGUCGUGAACCAAAUGAUGACCUGCAGCAAAUUCAGCGUGAAAGUCUUGCCAGCGGGUGCAGUUCUUAUUGCGGGAAUGCUCGAAGAGCCACAACCCUAUAGAAACCCCGAGCAAGAUCUCGAGCGCUACCGGCGAAGUCUUCAGCGCGGACCGAUAUAUAUACUCUACGGAGGUUAA